AUGAAUAGUGAGGAUGUGAGGGAGAUAUACGCUGGGUCCAUUGGCGGGGCGCUUGCCACGGUGGUGGAGUACCCUUUUGACACCAUCAAGGUUAGGCUGCAGGAUGAUCCUCGUCGCUACCGUAGUAGCCUUAGCUGCGUUACACAGAUUGCGCGGCACGAGGGACUCAUUAAUGGUUUUUUUAAGGGUCUUCCUGCCCCCGUCAUAGGUGCUGCGGCGGAGAAUGCCGCCUUGUUCUCGACCUACCGCGUGACCAUUAACGGCAUUCAAGACAUUUUUUAUUCGAAACGGUUUGAACCAGACACAGAGCCGUAUCAUGUGGUGUUUUACGCGGCGGCUGUCGGUGGUAUUGUUGUGUCGACUGUACUGACGCCUGCAGAGCUCAUCAAGUGUAAAAUGCAGAUACAGAACACGCUUCCUGCGAGGAAAAGAGCAUUCAAAAAUUCGUUGCAUUGUGCCAUGUCCAUCUAUAGGAAGUUUGGCGUGCGUGGGCUGUAUAAAGGGCACGUUUCUAUGCUUUUACGGGAGAGUAUUGGCUGUGGACUUUACUUUUUAACCUUUGAGUGGGUAAUUCGCAACAUGCUACGCGAAGGUCAAAGCUUCACUGAGGCUUCGCCGCUUGUCCACUUUCUCGGAGGCGGGUGCGCUGGCGUCGUUUUUUGGACGUCGAUCUACCCGAUUGAUGCAUUGAAGACCAAAAUUCAGACCGGCAAGGGCGGGUAUGGUGAGCUUUCCUUUGUCAAGGGAAUGAUGCGGCUGUACAAGCGCGAGGGAGUGCGUGGGUGCAUGCGCGGGUACACAGUCACCGCGCUUCGUGCCUUUCCUGGAAAUGCCGUUUUAAUUGCCGUCUACGAGAAGGUGAACCUGCUCUGGGAAAUGUCGCAUCGGUCCCGUUGCACUUCUGUUUGCACGGCGACGUGCGUUGGCAGUACAUAA